AUGGGCGUUGUGAAACAUAUAUUUGAGAAUGACCAAGUGAGGCUUCUAAAGAACAUCGGCACUUUUGCUGAAACCCUCUCCACCCUAAGUUCCGUCCCAAGCUUUAAAAAGUUUAUCUUCACUAAAUAUGGCACGAACUAUGAUAGGGUUAUGCAAAAUUGCCGCAGGAGCAGCAUCCUGAUCUUUCGCGCCAAUGAAUAUUUAAGAAAGUUAAUAGAGUCAAUAUCGGUUGUGUUUUGGAAAGGCCGGAAAUGGAAAGGCACGUACUGGCCAAGCAAAUGGAAAUGGUACCACCGACAUGGCUACUGGGCCACUCGAAAAAAACUACUCAGCUUUGACAAGUAUAGGCCCUACAGGUAUCACGAAGUUAAGGGGCACGGAAAGCCGAAGCUUCAAUUCUGGCAGGACCACUCCUAUUAUAGACCCCUCAAGCAGACUACGAAGUUUUGGUGA